AUGCCUACCUCCCCAGCGAAAGACUCUUCUGGAACAAAUCCCAAUCCCUUAUCUGCAUCGACUGUUCGUACAACGCAGAAAUCCAGUUCUGACGCUGAUUCCCGCGAUCCGAGCUCCACCCCCGUCUUCACCCCCUCCUCCCCCUCUCCCUCAAGCUCUCCUCAGCAGGCAGAUAAUAUACAGGACGAGGUAUUACUGUCCAACAUGUCUGAGCAGACAGAUUGCUCCUCCAGUAAAGCGGAUGUUGCGGAAACAAAGCAGGAAGUGGAAGCUACCCGGGAGACAACCUCGUCAACCACUGAUUUAAAGACAUCUCCGCCAGCUCCAGAGUCUGCCCCGAAGAAAACACCGUGCAGAAAACACCCGAACGCUAAACCAAAAACGCAGAAGAAACAAAAGCAGAAGGACAAGAAAAAAUCGAAGAAGGCCAAGGACUCUUCUAGCAGCGAGAGUGACGGUUCUUCCUCGUCAACCUCCAGUUCGUCGUCAUCGGACUCGUCCGACUCAGAUUCAGAAUCCUCGGCCACAGAUUCCCACAAAAAGAACCGUAAGAAGCUCUCCAAGGAGAAGGAGAAGAAGAAGGCCAGGGCUCGCAAACAUGCCUCCUCCUCCUCCUCCUCCUCCUCCGACGACGACGACGAUUCGGAUACCACUGACAAUGAGCUAAAAAACAAUGCCAAAGCCGCAAAGAAGCUGAAAAAGACAAAAGCCAAGAAGAAGGCAAAGAAAUCCCGAAAGCACCAGGAGGAUAAGUCUGACGAAGAAGUCGAUGCGGAUAAGCUCGAGGAGCAACUCCGUACUACCCAGCAAAAGUUACUGGCUCUCCGCAUGAAGCAUAACAACAACUGUGCGCGGAGGCUCCUCCAACCAGGGCAGAUUUCUGAUAAAACAAUUCCAGCCGAUUCUCGCGCAGGUCAAAAGGGAUAUCCCCCAAAAAUUAAAUCCAGAAAACGAAAGCGUGGAUCGAAAGUUGCUUUUAAACGUGUGGAUCAAUUAUGGGAUAACAACAUACAUAAUUACAAGUUGACAGAAACCGUCGAUGAUCCCGAUGCUGAUGAGUGGGACCAGUACAUAUUUACUGUUCGACGCAAGUUUGACUGGGAGAACAAAUACACAGACACUGUUGUAGACAUCAAGAGCAAACCUCUCCGGGAUGCACUAGCACAUGUCAUGGACGGCGUCAAAGGUGUUUCCUUAGUCCAAGAAACUCCCGUUGUUGACCCUAAUAUGCUGUUUUUAUAUCUUGAGGAGGCUCGAGAAUACGCUAAGCAGCUAAAAGUCCUGGCCAAAUCAGAGAAGAAGAAGAGAGCGAAAAGAUUGGCUGCAGCUAAAUGCUCCCAUUUGAAGGUCCUGAUUAAAUAUCUUGACGAGGAUUAUGCCGAGAUCAAGAAGACAUUGUAUCCCCUCUUGGAAUCAAACACAAUAACCUUUGAUCUGCUAUGGGCGCUUUUCAAGCCAAACUCCAUUGCUUAUACUGCAACGUACUCCUCCCCGGAUGAACCCCGUGCCUUCAAAAUUGAAUAUGCCACCAAAGAGAGCUCUUUCGUGAAGGGACAGUGGUACUGCAUUGAGGGUCGCUAUCUCGAGUACGAUGGCAAAUCGUUUGGCAUGGGUACUAUGGCUGUGGAGGUUGAGUCCUUCAAAGGGCCCCGCAAGAUUUCCAGUCUUAUGUGUUACCCUCUCAAAUAUCAUCGGGAUCCAGAGGGCUUGAAAGAGACACUAAUUGAGCGUGGUAAAAAAUUCAUUGCCCUCCAGGGUAUGAAUUACCGUUUCCAUAAAGGCAUGGCUUUCUACAAAAAGAGAAGAUCAAUAAUUAAGGUUAACAUUAAUGGUCGUGUUAUGGUUGAUCCAGCUAUCCAUCGUCGAAUUAACCCAAACUAUCCAAUCAGCACGGUAAAACCGAAGGACCCGGACCUUCUUGAUGACUCCGAGAACGAGAGUGGUUCGGAAGCUUGUUGUUGUGCUGGUUCAGGAUCGGAGUCAGAGCAUUGGCCCAAGGAAGAGAGGCUCAAAACGAGACUCAAAUUGGUACAGGAUAAAGAGGGGAAAGCACAUGUCAUCGAGAUUGAGUACGAUGACAACGGCGAUGAAAUUGUCAAGGAAGAUAUGGAUAAAAUCAACGACAAGAAUCAAAAGGGCGAGGAGCUUGAGUUCACAGAGGAAGAGCUCUUAAUCGCCAGCCCUGUCGUUCUUGGAUUCGCUUUUAGCGAGAAACUGUGGCUAGAGUUCACGGUCUCUGGUAUCAAUGAUAUCGAGUGGAAUUCGGGCGCCUUCGACUCCCUAGUCCUCCCUGGCAACCAGAAAUCGAUCGUUAAAGCACUGGUGGAAUCGCACACCUUCCACGCCGCCGAAAACAUCGAUGAUGUCAUUCAAGGCAAGGGUAAGGGUCUCGUUGCAGUCCUGCACGGCCCACCAGGUACUGGUAAAACCCUCACAGCAGAAGGGAUUGCAGAGCUUCUCCAGCGGCCACUAUACAUGGUCAGUGCAGGCGAGCUUGGCACAGAUUCACGCACCCUGGAGGGCGAACUCAAUAAGAUUUUGGACAUUGCACAUUCGUGGGGUGCUGUGCUGCUCCUCGAUGAGGCAGACGUAUUCCUUGAAAAGCGUACCAUCCAUGACAUCCACCGCAACGCGCUCGUCAGCAUCUUCCUCCGCCUCCUCGAGUAUUUUCAGGGCAUCUUGUUCCUGACGACUAAUCGUGUCGAGACCUUCGAUGAUGCGUUCCAGUCGCGGAUACACGUUGCGCUGCGAUAUGGCGAACUGACACUUAAGGCCAAGCGGACUGUAUGGAAAAUGUUCCUUAAUAAAGUAACGGUUAAAGAGGGAGUUGAGGUUGUCGAGUUCACGGAGAAGGACUACGAUUCCCUCGCCAGGCAUAAUUUGAAUGGUCGACAGAUAAAAAACUCCGUCCGAACCGCCCAGGCCCUCGCCCUUAACGAGAAAGCCCCACUGUCCAUGGAUCAUAUCUCCCGCGUUCUGGAUGUGGCUGAAACGUUUGACCACGAUCUGAAAGGCGGAACAGGCUAUAUGGAUGCCAUGCGGAGCUAUACCUAA